AUGAAUGGAUUACUGCUGAUACUGCUUGUAUACAUUACGGUAUGGAGGCCUCGACCUUGCCAAUGUAUACAAGAGAGGGAUAUACAGAGGGAUGUAGAGGAUUUACCAAGUGUUUCCUACCAGGUCCAAUAUGGAAUACGAUCUCAGAGAGACUUAAUGGCAAACGUUCCUAUUGAUCAAGUACCUAUGAUCGGUGUUAAUAUAUUCGAUGCAUUUUUGAAGAACGGUAGAAAUAACGACUCUAGAGCUUUGUUAAGUUUUAUGGAAUUAAUGCAGCAUGGCGUACAAAGUUUUACUGUAGAUUUAGAACCAAGGAAUAGUCAAUGGAUGCUGAAAAAGAGCAAUAUAUCAUUUACUAGAUUUUUAAAUGUAUUCCAAACAUAUGUGAAUGGUAGUGAUAAUAAUUUGUCCGCUAAUAUGCUUGUAUUAUUAUUAAAAAUUUCACCUGGUAAUGAGAGUAAUUCUACUGGUACAGGGAAAAAUGGAUCGAACCUAACCCGUAUAUUAGAUCAAAGCUUCGGUAGACAAAGAAUUUAUACACCGGAUGAUUUGGAUUACGAUCGAGAAUAUGGACGAACUUUUAGCACAUUUGGUGCCAAUAGCGUUGGCUGGCCAAUUCUAGGGUCCUUCUUAUACGAUAAAAAGAGACGUGUGAUUUUAAUGGAAGUUACCAAUCAUUUAGUUUAUCAAAAUACCCCCUAUAUCUUCAACGGUUCAUCGAUUUUACAUUUGGAUGAAGGAAAUGCAACUCUGGGGAUACCGACAACUGUGGACCAAAUUCAAAAUUUAUCAAGUAUUAGUUGGAAAUUCCUAGAGGCUUCAUUUACUACUACAGACAUUAAACAAUACGUGGAUAUUGGUUAUAACCCAGUAAUAACAAAUGAAUACAGCGUAGGCGAUUUCGGUGAUAUUUAUCAACUGUUAAACCUUACAAUUCUAUGGUCCUGGAAACCCGAUCAGCCAAAGACUAUACAAUCGAGUGACAGUGCUCGAGAACAUCAAUUAAUUGCCUAUAAUUGUGCUGCACUCCACUACACAUCUGCAAAUUUCUCUGCAUCUUGGGAUGUAGAAAAUUGUUAUGCAAUACACAAAGGACUUUGUAAACACAGGUUUAACGAUUACAUUUGGGUAAUUAGCAAGGGUCAUGAUAAUUAUUUUGGAUUUGAUAGUCAUUCAGAAUCCAAAUGUCCCGAGGAUUAUUAUUUUUCUUUACCAAAGACGCCAUUAGAGCAAUUGGCCAUUACACAAUAUUUGAGAAAUACUUCUUCAGAGGAUGCUCUUUUUUGGAUUGAUAUGAAUUCAGUUUCCGUCAACGAUUGUUGGGUCACAGGUGGCCCUGACGCAACUUGCCCCUAUCAGCGUUCAGUCUCUAAAAGAAACUUCGUCGCCAUGCUUACGCCGGUAACGGUUUGCUCAUUUGUCAUUCUAUGUGUGGUCUUCUAUUUGAACGUUCUGCAUGUUCCCAUUCAUAACAAUAGGAAAAGUUGGAGGCGAAUCAUUACUGAAGUUUCUAAAUGGGAGGUGGACGGCGUUCCAUCAUGA